UCUCUCUCCCCCCUUCUGCCGUCUCUCCUCUCUUCCCUCUCCCCCCACCAGACCGUCCUUCCCAUCAACAUAGCCCAACUUUUUCCCGACCCCCACUCCCAGGCUGAACUCUGUCAUUUGAUAGUUUUAACCAUAAUCAGGCUAAAUUAUGCAUUAUUUCCUUUUCUUCACGGCAUUUUGAGCUUUAAGGAAUAAAUCUACUGAAGAUCUUCUUAUUUAAAUAGAAAGGGGAUUGCAAGUGAAAGCUAACAUUUGAUGGAAUACAGUGCUUUUAGGUGAUUUUACCCACCAAGUCUCCUACUUCACGCAGGAGAGAACUGGACUGAAGAUUAUGGACGCGCAUCAUGGCGCGCCUUCGACGGGGCAACAGAUCGUGCACGUCCGCGGGGAUUCACAGACGGAUCUCGAGGCCCUCUUCAAUGCCGUGAUGAACCCCAAUAAGACCACCAGACCGCCGUCCUCACUGCCCAUGCGCAUGAGAAAACUUCCAGACUCGUUCUUUCGGCAGCCGGAUCCCCGCGGCCACUCCAGACAGGCCAGUUCGGAUGGCGGAGUGUGCGGUUCCCUGACCCCUCAUCACGUCCGUGCCCACUCCUCGCCCGCCUCCCUCCCCAUCAACUCCCUCUCCACCCAGGCCACGGGGCUCCCCUCCGCACCAGUCAUCCCCGACGACAUGCCGCUCCCCCCCGGUUGGGAGAUGGCCAAGACGCCCACUGGCCAGCGAUACUUUCUCAAUCAUUUGGAUCAGUCAACAACAUGGCACGACCCACGUCUCGCCCAGCUCCAGCCCCAGCGGACCCUGCUAGCCCAUGGUGUGACCACGCAGACACACAACAGUGAAGCAGAUUCAGGUGUGCUUGCUGAGAGCUGGGAGCAGGCAGUCAGUCCAGACGGGGAGACGUACUUUAUCAACCACAUCAGCAAGUCCACCUCGUGGGUUGACCCGCGUAUAGCACAGAAGGUGAGCCCAGGCCUUGCUGCCAUGGCAACACAGCAACGUCAGGAAAAGGAAAGGCUCAGGUCUAAGCAGGACCUAGGAGGAAGGAACCUCUCCUCUGUUCUUAUUGGCCAUGACAGAAAUGUAGCCAAUCAGAACCCAUCUCUGGAUGCAAGGAUUCUUGGCCCUGCCCAUGAGCCUGUGCUGAACGGCGCUCACUCCCGGGACCAGAGCACCGACAGCGGCCUCAGCGUCAGCAGCUUGCCCCGCCCCUCCGACCACAUGCUGAGCUCCAUGGACCACAUGGACACUGGUGACCCCACGGAGACCCCAUCGCUGACCUUGCAGGACACGAUGUCAGGGCUGCCCAUGUCUGACACGGAGGAGCUCAUGCCUUGCAUCCCAGAAGGUCUGACCUCAGACCUCCUCAUGGACAUGGAGACAGUGCUGUCCAGCUCACACAUGGACAAAGACAGCCUGCUCACUUGGCUAUAGUGCUCCACCCAUCGGAGCAGUUGUGAAGGCGCUUUGCUGCAGGAAUCUGUCGGCCAAAGCCUCAAUCAGUCGAGCCGCAAAGUUGUUGUUUUUUGUCGUCCUGCAUUUAAAAGUAUUGUCUUUCUAGUAAACACGUCGGACAGAAGAGUUGUGUUCAGUUCAGAUUGACAUGUCCUUUGUGGUCUUAAAGCACAUUGAUGGCACACAGUUCCGUCCCUCCCGGGGCUCUAGUCUGUCAUCCGUACCAAUCCAUCCAUACCAUUUGUUUGUGGGACAUGUUUUCCCCCAAAAAGUGACCAGCCACAGACAGAGAGGCUGGGGGCAAUAGAAGCGUGCUCAUGUGUAGUAGUACCUACCUUACCAUGGAGAUCAAUGAAAACAUACAAGGCGAGGCUGGCAACAGGCUGGCUCUAGUUAGUUGUGUUUGACGGGAGUCUGACUCGGCACCACAGACUCUUAAGUUGCUUUUUGGUCGCGUUUGGUAUCACAGUUGCAGCGGCCUUGGGAUUUGCAGUGAAAUCGGUACAAACAACACUACGCUUGUCAUGGAGUAUUCGGCUGUUGUCUCAAUUUAUAUUUUUUUAUCGUGUACUUUUAAAAGGUAUUCUGAAUACUGAGAGACGUCUGUGUAAUGUAAAGUAUGCAUUUUUUAUGAAAAAUCUCUGCAGCUUUGUUGUCGCAUGUGUGUUUAUGUGCGCAUGUGUGUUUUUCAACGGUUUUUGCUGAACAACCCCCCCCCCCCCCCCCCUCUCACAUACACAUACACAUUGUUGAUUUUGAUAUAUUAGCAUUUUAUAGCAUACAUUUACAAGCAUAGCUAUUGGAAUCAACAUGGAUGAUGUUGUUUAAGUGUAUCGACAUCCUAACCAAAUUUGAAUCUAGCUCAACUAAAGAAGCUAUGUUGCUUGCAAGAUACACUUAGAAUAUGACACCCUAUUUAAUCAUUAUCUGAAAUGUUUGUAUAAUGUGCAUUGUUGACGGAUAAAUGGAGGACAUUGUAUUUUGAGGGGAACUGAAAUAGCUGAUGUUCUUAUACCAUUUUUUUUGUAUAAUUUUCAAUGCGUGGGUCACAUAUCUUAUAAUUACUCAUGUAGCCCUUUUAACGCUUUAGUUUAAUAAUUAAAUAUUUGUUUGCAA